AUGGGGUUCCUCGAGGCGGUCUACAGCCUGGUCUUCGGGGAUGGCGACCCCAACGCCGGGCGCGAGCAGCGCGCCCUCGCCGCAGUCGCCGCCACCGCCCGGCGCAACGGCGGCGUGGUCACGAGCGAGCAGCUGGCGCCCUUGUUGAGCCCUCCGUCGUACGGCAAGGCAUCUGGGACGAUCAACGUGGACGAGAGCUGGGUGCUCGGAGCCCUGACGCGGUUGAACGGCCGCCCAGAGGUGACCAAGGGUGGCCAGAUUGUCUACGUGUUCCCAGAUCUACAGACGACAGCCGGGGAAGUCAGGAAGGAAGAGAAGCCGCCGUCCAUCCUCGAGGAGAAGGAGGUGCCCUUCUCCCUGGCGGAAGACGACCAGCUCACCUUCGCUGGCAUCCUCGGCGUUCUGAACCUCCUGGGCGCGGGCUGGCUUGGCGUCCAGUUCGCGAGCCUGCCCGCGAACAUACAGCUGGUCGGCUUCCUGGGCACCGUGAAAGCCAUCUACCCUGCCCUGCUGGCAUACGCCAUCGGCUUCUUGGCCGCGCCCGCGAUUCGAUAUUUCAAUCUCGACAAAGGCAACGAAGCCAUAAGGGCAAGGAACAGGAACCGGAAGGAGUGGCAGGACGUGCUGACGUCGGGCGAGGCCGAGGGCAAGCUCGCGGAGGCGCGCUCGUACAGGACGGCCAUGAAGCAGGUUGGCGCCGGAGACGACUCUGACACGGUUGCGGAUAUUCGACCUCGAGGGAUGCGGCGUCCCAGCAGUCAACGAACGACUUUGCAGACUUCGACAAGAAGCUGA